AUGUCUUCACAACCCCUCACCAUCGAAACCCUCCCCAAAGUCCUCGAGAAUGACAACAUGGUCAAACUCGCAGGCGUCGACGUCGACGGCAUCCUCCGCGGAAAGCUCGUCUCUAAGAAGAAGUUUCUGUCAAUCGCAGAGGCAGGCUUCGGUUUUUGCUCUGUCAUUUUUGGCUGGGACAUGCACGAUCGCACAUACGUCCGCGAGCUAAAGAUCUCAAAUGCUGAGAACGGUUACCAUGAUCUUCUCGCGAUUCCCGAUUUGUCUACGUUUAGGCGCAUUCCCUGGGAGGAUAACGUGCCGCUUUUCUUGGUUGACUUUUUGGAUCCGGAUACCCAGAAGCCUAUCUGUGCUUGUCCGCGUGGUAUGAUCAAGAGCCAACUUGAUAAGCUUAAGGAGCAUGGCUAUGGUGCUAUGGCUGGUGCCGAGUAUGAGUUCUACCAAUUCAGAACCCCCGACUCGUCAUCGUCUUCCACCGCCGCCUACCUCCAAGAAAACCCCCCUCAUCAACUCCCCGCUCUAACGGAGGGCAUGUUCGGCUACUCCCUCACCCGACCCGUCCACAACCAAGACUACUACUACGAUGUCUUCAACACAUGCGCCAAGUUCUCCUGCGACAUUGAGGGCUGGCACACCGAGUCCGGCCCCGGCGUCUUCGAAGCCGCGCUCGAAUUCGGUGAGAUCGCCCAGAUGGCUGAUCGCGCUGCGCUGUUCAAGUACGUCGUCAAGAGCGUUAGCACAAAGUACGGCAUUACACCCUGUUUCAUGGCGAAGCCUAAGCAAGGUCUUCCUGGAAACAGUGGACAUAUGCACGUUUCGAUUGUUGAUAAGGAUGGCAAGAACCUCUUUGCGCGCGAGACAAAGGACGAGAAUGCUAAAUGGGGCGACAUUGCCAAUCUCUCUGACAUGGGUCGUCACUUUUUGGCUGGUAUUCUUGUCGGUCUUCCUGACAUCAUGCCCAUCCUCGCACCCACGAUCAACUCCUACAAGCGUCUUGUCGAGAACUUCUGGGCUCCUGUGACUGUAUCGUGGGGUCUCGAGCACCGCGCCGCUUCCAUCCGUCUCAUCUGCCCCAAGCCCUCAGCGACACGAUUCGAAGUCCGCGUUCCAGGCGCAGACACAAACCCCCAUCUUGUCCUCGCCGCUAUUCUAGGCUGUGGCUGGCGCGGCGUGGAGAAGAAGCUCGAAAUUCCUACUCCUCCUCUUGCCAUGGGCCAAGACGUCGGUGGUGAUGCUGAUCAGGGUGAGAGAUUGGCAAAGAGCCUCAAGGAAGCUACACAGCGCUUCAUGGCGAAGGAUAGUAUUGCGCGAGAAGUCUUUGGUGAUGAUUUUGUUGAGCACUUUGGUGGAACGAGAGAACAUGAGGUCCGUCUAUUUGACGAGGCAGUGACUGAUUGGGAAAUGAAGCGAUACAUCGAAACUGUUUGA